AUGGCGGGAGCGACAGCGAUAGCCACCGAUCAAGCCGAGCACCAGCUCGACCAGCUCGACGCGUCACUGGACGACUUCGCGCCCUCGAUUGGCAGCCCACGUCUUCCGUUCGGGUACCCGUCAGCCCACUCGGGGUUCCGGAGCGACGACACGGCGAGCGAGGCGGGCGCUUCGGACUCGGGAGCUUCCGCCGGUGGCUACAGUCCUCCGGCGUGGAGGCGCCUCGGCAACGGCGACCGCAGCAGCGGCUUCUGGAGAAAGACGGACAACAACCUGAUGGAUAUGUACGAUGAUGCCGUGCGCCGCUCGCGCGAGAGCAGCCCCGAGUACGAGAGCGCCGACGAAGGUGACGAGAUCCUUGCCCAGGCCAUCAGGACCAGGUUGCCGACUGGCAGCCUGUCGCCUGAAAAAGAGCGCAGUCCAGAGCCCGAGUACUAUCCCGCGCAGCAACACUUGAUUGAUGAAGCAAUCAAUAUUAAACAAGAAGACCUGGAUGCCCGGCUGGCUUUGAGCGCGCUGAAAGAUGCCGAGUUCAAACCAAAGGAGCUUGCAGAGAAUUACAUUCGAUUUGCUGUCAGGGCAGAAGUCCAACACCGAACUGAGCCAAUUGAGAUGGCCAUCAAUUGCAUACGCAAGGGGUUCCGCACCGUAACGCACUCAUGGACGUCCAUGUUCUUAUCGUUUAUGGUUGCCAUACUCUCCUACGCGGCCGUGCGAUGGCUCGCGCAGCCCGCAGCGAUGCGGCCCGUCCCAGACCUGGUUAAGGUUGCAGCUGUGGCCCGGUCGCUCGAACCCCUGAUCUACUACUCGGAGAAUGGACUGCAGCAAGUAGGCGAUCUGCAGGCGACAGGCGUCGCCGUUUGGGAUUUGGGCGAGAGUGUGCGCAGCAGCAACAUGACGGCGGCCCCAAUCAUCGUCAAAGAGCUGGACGCCCUCAGCGACAGCCUGAAGACACUUGCCGAGGAGCUAACGAGGUUUUUCGCCAAUGUCGACGGGGAUAUUGACGGCAUCCUGAUAGUAAUGGACUGGGCCCGCCGCGAGCUGUCCCAGGUCCAACAGCUCCCACCCCUCCCCUUAUCCUCCGCCUUUGACAACAUCCACAACCUCCUCUCCAACGCCGGCAUCCUCGAGGACCCGGCCACGGGCCAACCCACCCGUCUCGGCGCCCUCUCCACCUCCUUGUUCGGCUACUCCACGCCGCAACGAACCAAACAAGCCCUGCAGCGCACCUUCAACGAGUUCCUGACGGUGCUCGAAGAGGCCGUCGCCUCAGAACUUCAACACUCCCUCGCCCUCUUCGCCCUGUUCGAGGCCAUCGACCACCAGUUCCUCAACCUAGCACGAACCGUGGUGCGGGAGGCCUCGCUGCAAGACGAGAAGCACGCCGAGGUGCUCUCGUCGCUGUGGACGCGCAUCCUGGGCACCAAGGGCUCCGAGGUGGCGAAAUACGAGCGCAACCGCCUGCUGCUGCAAAACGUGCGGGAGAAGACGGUGCGCAACAAGGGCAUCCUCGUUGAGCACAACCACAAGCUGCUCGCCCUCAAAGCAAACCUCGAGGCCUUGCGCCGCAAGCUUGUCUCGCCGCUUGUACGAUCCGUCAACUCGUCCACUUUAACCAUCGAGGACCAGAUCCGUGGCCUCGAGGACGUCGGGCUCUAUCUCGAGGGCGUCCGCGCCCGCCAAAAGGGCAAGCUCCUUGAGAUGCUUUACGGUAGUGGUAGUGGUAGCGGGAAUGCUAGGGUUGCCGCUGGUGCCGUUCCAGCUGCCACCGUUCAAGCUCAGCCCGUGGAGGCUGGGAGGUUCCGGGUCGGGCGGUAA